AUGAUUGAUUCUAAUUUAGAUUUAUGUCCCAGAGAAACAUCGGGGAAAGUUGCCAUCGUCACAGGCGCUGGGUGCGCCGGUGAUGGUAUAGGCAACGGACGGGCAAUUUCCAUUCUUCUCGCUAGUGAUGGGUGUAACGUUGUCUGCGUUGAUCAGAAUCUUGAAUGGGCGCAAAAAACCGCUAGCCUGAUCAAGUCCGAGCAUGGGCGUGGUGAUGUUAUUGUUGUUCAGGCAGAUGUUACAUCAGCAUUAGAUUGCCAAUCUGUUGUCGAUACCACGGUUGAUAAGUUCGGUCACUUAGAUAUCCUGGUCAAUAACGUCGGAGUCGGCGGCGCACCAGGUACAGCAGUGGAGGUUGACAUGGAACAGUGGGCGAAAGGACUUGAAAUUAACGUCUCAAGUAUGGUUCUAAUGACGAAAUACGCUGUACCAGAAAUGCAGAAGAAUGAAUGCGAGAUAAAAGGCUCUAUUGUCAAUAUGGGAAGUGUUGCGGGGCUCAAAGGUGGUACGCCGCAUUUGCUAUAUCCUACGAGUAAAGGCGCAAUUGUCAAUAUGACCCGUGCAAUGGCAGCUCAUCAUGCUGAGGAUGGAAUCCGCAUUAACUGUGUUUGUCCUGGAAUGCUCUACACGCCUAUGAUGUAUGCCGGGGGGAUGACAGAGGAGGCUAGGGAAGCAAGAAAACAGCGAAGCUUACUUGGGACUGAAGGUACUGGAUGGGAUGCAGCUUGUGCCGUUGUAUUUCUGGCAGGGCCACAUGCAAGGUGGAUCACCGGAGCCAUUCUGCCUGUCGAUGCUGGGGUUACUGCUGCAGUGGGCAUAGGUCUACCAAAAAGCGCUAGUGUCAAUGGUGCUUCAAAAACUGAAAAGUCUUGA